AUGUAUCUUUUACCAUCAAUUUUAGCAUUUCUAUAUCUAUAUCGCUCAUCGCACUCGACAAAUGCUGUAGAUGGCGGCAACUUGACCUGCGUGCCACUGGUACACUCUGGGAAUUACUCGCUUAACAAAUAUUUGUGCCAAGAAAUUGGUGUAAAACCAUGUGACACACACAUUAUUGAUGUAAAAACAGGCAAUCAUAGUUAUUUGUCCCUGGAUAAGAACGUAGUGUUAGAUUCGCCAAAACCUGAGGUCUGCCUCAAGAAAUUGCUAUCAUUGCUUGCCACCCUGGCCUGUUCUAGAUCAAGCGGCUCUGGGUUUAUAGGGGAUAAUUUGACAAUAAACACUAAGACAGGAGAAACAACCAUUUUUAUCUCUCGCUCGAUCUGCAGAGAGAUAUGGGAAGGCUGUAGCAGGAGGGGAGUGUCCAACUAUGCUUAUCUGUUUAGGGAUAGGGAGUCGCUCAUAUUCUGUAACAAUCUAGCAAGCACAGAUAGUCCGGUCAAAUUGGCACGGUGUGAUGAUGACGGCAGCGGCUGUGUUGGCGAAGUUGUAAAUAUCAGCAAUGGAGAAAUUGCAGAGAUCAAUUGGCUACUUGGAGGAGGGGUGGAUUCAGUGUUUUUGUGCAGCAAAGUUGGAGCGCUAACUAUACUAGCAACAUUUGUUUUGUUGGGGAUAUCUAUGGUUUUGUUAAAUGGCGGCAAAUACAAAAGGAAGAUGAAGAAAAAAUGGAGAGAGGAGAUUGUGGAUUUUGACCUAAAUCUAUUGUAA